AGGUGCACCUUUUGAGUUGGACAAAAAUACCCCAAUAACUAUUAAUUAAUUAGAAGGGUAUAGAAGGGUAGUGAUGUCAUUGUAACUGUUUUUUUAGCGCGCCCCCCAUAGCUCUUCUUUUCGCGCCCCCCAUUUCUACAGAACACAAUUAGAUUUGUUUCUCAAAUCAACGCGCCACACGCGCCCCCAAAUCGCAACCCAACUCUUCACCAUCGCCAUCAUCAUCAUCUUCAUCAUCGUGCAAUCACCAUCACCAUCGCCGAACAAGCUACGCCAAUGUUCAUCGUCGUGCAAUCACCAUCACCAUCCCAAAUAUUCGUCUGUUUUCAUCUUCAACAUCAUUCACAUAGAUAGUUCAUGAACGCAUACCAUCACAAUUUCAUCUUCAACACUUCAUUACUGCGUUUCGUUUGCUAUAUUGAUUAGUUAAAUUUAUGCGUUUCGUUUCCAUCUAUGUGAUUUCUGCAACAAUCAUACAUGCUCCUGUUUAUUUUUUCAUGAACAAUCAUCUAUGUGAUUUCUGCAACAAUCAUACAUGCGUUUCGUUUGCUAUAUGUGCAUGAUUUAUGCUCCUGUUUAUUUUUGCAUGAACUAUGAAAUUGUGCGUUUAUUUUGAUUUAUGAAAUUAUGUGAUGGUAGAAUGGUUUCAGAUUGUUGUACUCUGAAACCAUUUUGAUGGUAUAAUGGUUUCAGAUAAUUGAUGCAUUUUAUUUGAUCUGUUUUAUGGUUUUUUUUGUGAUGAUUUUGAGUUCAUAUGAUUUUUGAGUUCUGAAUUGAUAUGUUAUUACUUUGAUAUGUUCAGAUUUAAACUAUAAGAUUAGACAUGUCGACUGAAGUACGGGAUGAAGUUGAUAUUGAUGAAAUUGAACUUCUUACAAAUGUUGAUUUCCCUCAAGCCAUUAACAUUGAUGAUUGGAUUCCUUGUCAAGGUCAAAUUUUUGAUAGUGAUGAUGAUGCUUAUAAUUUUUACUCUUCGUUUGCACAAAGAAGUGGUUUCUCAAUUAGACGUCAUCACGUUUAUAGAAACACUACUGAUGAGGGAAAUCCACAAACAGUUUACAAAAGAGAGUUCGUUUGCCAUCGAUCCGGGGUUUCUAAAUCAGUCAAAGUUAAUGAACUGGAAAGUCAAAGGAAACGGAAAACUUCAAGGUGUAGUUGUAGUGCUAGAUUGGUGGUUGCUAAAGAGACAAUUGGAUCGGAAGAAAAAUGGGUGGUAAUAUAUUUCAACAAUGUCCACAACCAUGAUUUGUUAGAUGAGAAAGAGGUUCAAUUUCUCCCUGCUUAUCGUAACAUCCCGGUUGUUGACCAAAACCGUAUACUAAUGAUGUAUAAAGCUGGUUGUUCCAUUAAUGUCACAAUGAGAUUGCUUGAAUUAAAGAAAGGAAUAGAUGUAGGUAGUCUACCAUUUAUGGAUAAAGAUAUUAGGAAUUUCCUUCAAAACCAAAGUGGUAUUGACAAACAAAAUGAUGCUUUAGAUGUCUUGAAAUUGUGUAAAGGGUUGAAAGAGUUAGAUGAUGCCUUCCAAUAUGAUUACACAAUAGAUGAGAAUAAGAAGUUGGAACACAUUAUUUGGGCAUUUGGUGAUUCAAUCCGUGCAUAUGAAUCUUUUGGGGAUGUGGUUGUCUUUGAUACUACUUAUCGAAUAAAUCGUUAUGAUAUGCCACUUGGAAUAUGGCUUGGAGUUGACAAUCAUGGGAAUUCAGUUUUUUUUGGUUGUGUUCUAUUACGAAAUGAGAAGAUUUCUUCGUUCACAUGGGCUUUAAAGAAUUUCCUAGCUUUUGUCAAAGGAAAGAAUCCACAAACAAUUCUUACAGAUCAAGAUCCCUCGCUUAAAGAAGCCAUUGCAAAUGAAUUUCCGAACACAAAACAUGCCUUUUGCAUAUGGCACAUUUUGGCAAAGUUGCCAAGUUGGUUUUCGUUUGUAUUAGGUGCAAGAUAUAAUGACUUUAAAUCUGAGUUUUUCAAGGUGUACCAUUUAGAUUGUGAAGAUGAUUUUGAACAAUAUUGGAAAUCCAUGGUUGCACAAUUUGGUCUAAGUAACGAUAUACAUAUUAAAUUGUUGUAUUCUCUUCGCCAACGUUGGGCUCUAGCUUAUUUGAAGGACUUUUUUUUUGCUGGGAUGACAACAACUGGACGUUCGGAAUCGAUAAAUUCAUAUAUAAAACACUUCUUGGAUGCCAAAACAAGUUUGACUGAUUUUAUUACUAGGGUUGGUGUUGCUGUCCAAAUUAGGAAUCAAGCUGGAGAGGAAGCAAGAAUGCGUCAAAAGUAUCAUAAUCAUCUACUUAAAACAAGUUUUCCAAUGGAGGAACAUGUUGCAUCUAUACUCACACCUUAUGCUUUUGGGUUGAUUCAAAUUGAGAUUGAGUUAUCUACAAAAUACGCUGCAACUGAAACAAACAGUGGCUCUUUUAUUGUGAAGCAUCACACCAAAGAUGAUGGAGGUCGUCUUGUAACUUGGAUAGAAGGUCAAGAAUCAAUUCGUUGCUCUUGUAAGGAAUUUGAGUUUUCUGGAAUAUUGUGCAGGCAUGCUAUUCGAGUGCUUCUAAUGAAAAAUUAUUUUCACAUACCUUCAAAGUAUCUUCCUUUUCGAUGGAGACGUGAAAGUUCAUUGAUCCCAAAAUCUAGUCACAUAGUAAACAACAAUGAUGUCUCCUCUGCUGAGUUUCAUUCUCUGAUUCAAUGUAUUGAAUAUGAAUCUUUAAAAACAAAAGAACGGAAACAAAUUGCUACUAAAGGGUUGGAGGAUCUUAUCCGAGAGAUAAAAGGAAUGUCCGAAAGUCAUGAAGAUCAAAUUGGUUUGGAAGUUGUUCCAAAUAAUGAUGAAUGUGAUGUUGGAAUUCCAGUUAGAACUAGAAGCAAAGGUCGACCAAAAGGUUCAAAGGCAAAAGUAGUAGUUGAAGUUGUUUCAAAUAAUGAUGAAUGUGAUGUUGGAAAUCCAGUUAGAACCAAAAGCAAAGGUCGACCAAAACGAUCAAGGCCAAAAGGAGGAGUUGAAGCUGCAACCAAGAUUCGCCAUUGUCAUAUUCCGAAUUGUGGUGCAACCGGCCAUGACACACGGAAUUGUCCAAACAAAAGGAAACAUAAUGACAUAUUGCCUAAUGAAUCACCUAAUGAGUUCAAAAAGGGUUGGAGAAAUUCAUCUAAUUAAUAGUCAAAAAAGGCUUCGAGGAUGUAAUGGAUAAAAGUGAUGAUAGUAAUUCAACAGAGAUGUGUUUCAUGUUUUCUGGUGUGGGAGUAGUAGCUAUAAUACAAUGAUAUAGUGUUGACUAUAUCAUUGGAUAAAAGUACUAAGUUGCUUUUCAUUAACUAGUCUUAUAGUUCUCUUUAAUUGAUGUAAUGAGAUGUUAAAGUUUGUUUUAUUGGUAUCAUAAUAUGUUCAAGUGUUAUUUUUUUAAU